GGAGGAGAGGUCACCAGUGCAGAGAGAGCCCAGUGCUGGUUUAAGGUAAGUGGCUGAAGGGGGUUUAACCCCUUCAGCGCCGAGGGAGGGGGGGCAUUCCAAGAGCCUAUAGUGCCAGGAAAACGGGUUUGUUUUCCUGGCACUAUAGGAUCCAUUUAAGGGUUACAGACCCUGUAAAAUUUUGCAACCUAACAUAAAACUUUACACCAUUUUGGGAUUCCCACAUUAUUGUGACAGGAUGAACAGCAAAGAUUACAAAAUUGCUCAUGUUUAAAAAUGCAAAAAAUCUUAUCAGGAAUGCAAGUUAUACACUCACUAGCUAUUUUCCAAUCUUCACUUCAGAUAGUUUCAGGUAAAAAGGCAUACAUUAAUGAUAACACAAUAAUAUAAUGCCUAUGUAUUUUGGACACUAAAGAGUUCUAAAUAUUUAGGCAGUGGAUACACUCAUUUACAAAGAGUUGGGCUCUGUCUCCAUUUAAAUGGAGCCUGGAAAGCCUCCUGUGUGGUGCGGUAUUACAGCUUGGGUGACUAGAACUCCGUGUGACCUUUACUUGCAACAUUUCCAGUACAAUGUUUGGAUUCGGCAAUCCUGCAGACAAGAGCAAUCGAAGACUGAUUCAGAAACUCCUGCCCCAGCGAGUGGUAAGAACCUUGGUGUCAGACUGUGAGAGAAUGAAUAAUUGCUGAUGUUUACCUACAGAAUGUAACAUUAUAUCUUAAUGGAGAGACAAGAACUGGCUUUAACAAAUGAAUAUACAGUAAGUGAGCACCAGUAGCAGAGCUGCUCCUGCUUGAUAUUAUGCACUGCUAAUCACAGACACACAGCCUCCUGCUUCCUUUAUAACACUGGCUGCUAAUAAACUGAUACCUCUAGUAAUGUUAUCAUGGCUGGCUGUGCAUGAGGGAAAAAGACUCAAGGGUACUGUGAAAGUCACCCCAAGGUGCAGUCAGUGUCUUAACCCUUGCCACAAGGGGUAAAUGUUAAAUGGCACAAUAUCAGAGUUAUACAAGCAUCCUAUAUCAGAGACAUGAGAUUCCAGAAUACCAAUAAAAUAAAUACCAAUGCACAAUUUGUAAUAAUAGACCGCAAUGACAUCAGAUUCGGUUUGCUUAUUGCAAUGAUUGCUUAUUUUAAAGCAGGGGUUUCAAACUCCUGUAGGUAGGAAUGGGGUAAAAAAAAAAAAUACUUGGUGUAGUUAUUUUAUAAUAAUGUUCUCUUGUGAGUUUGACAGCAUCGGUGGUAGUGCAUGGGUGUAUUUGUGUAUGCAGUGACAGUACAUGAGUAUUUUGGUUUUACGUCUCAUGACGUGCUUUGUGCGCCUUCCAUGUUACAACCACUGAAAAAAUCCAUGCCAACUUUGCCUUACUAAGCUUCAAGUUAACAUGCAAAAUGAAACCCUGCACUCAAACUCCCACUACUCCUGGGCGGUAGCAAUGACUGAAGUGCACAUCAGCCCCAAUAUAUAGAAUAAAAGCCAAAACGUUACACGCACACUAUCCCAAAUCCCUAUGCACAUUUAGUUAACUGGAAGUUUUUUUUUUUUUUUUGUUUUUUUUAGUAUCACUCCAAUUGUCACUAGAGUGUAAGCUCAACCGCCAAGUCAAGAACACACCUCUAAGGUGAGUUAUACAAUAGCAAUUUACCUGGCUGCUUUUAGGUAAAGGGCAAAAUCUCUGAGACAGAAAUUAUUUUCUAUACCCUUACACACUUUUUAACCCUUAAUAGGGAACACAUGGGGAACAGCAUUGUAGCAUGUAAUACAAAAGCAAAUACAGACAUACAGAAUUAAGCCCUGCGCUCAAACUCCCACUACUCCUGCGUGGCAAUGACCAUAAGCUACACCAGUUAACAUAUUAUAAUAUUAUUAUUAUUAUUAUUAUUAUAUACAAAGCAGAAACUCCAAUUAAACUUAAUUUAAUUCUAAUUUGCAAAUUGAGGCUAAAAAUAGCCAUGUUAGGACUAUGGCUGAGUUACAGAUUGCUUUUCAGAUCAGUUAUCUAUAUCUCAGUUCGGCCAUUCAGAUUUUAAUUAGCUUCAUUCAAGAGUUCAGUGAAUAACUAUGACAGACCUGGGGAGAUCCUGAAACAUGUAAAUAAGACCAAACACAAUGAGAACACUAAAAACAAUCACACACAUAAUGAUUCCCAGUUAGGGCUUAAACGUCUUUUAAUGCAUUUACAAAGGACCCUAUAUAACGAGGCAGGUCCCACCAAUAGGGAUAGUCCAUUCAGACAUGAAAUGCAGGUUUUAAGGCAAUUUAUUUGGACCAGGAACUACAAAGGUCCAAAUAAAUUGCUUUAAGAAUUGGAAACUAUUGGAGUGCCUUGAUCAUUUUCUAUUUAUCCGCUAUUUAUCCGCUUGGUCCUUUUGGGUACUGGGACUUUUUCAAGAGCACCGUGGAUUCCAUAGUGAGGAGCUGAGUGCACUUCCAGCUUUGAUUAUUCAUGAAAUGCAGGUUUGUCAUGUAGCAUGAUUUUAUUGUGUGGCAAAUGAGUUGCAAACCGUCCUCCUGAUUACCUGCCAAUAGCUCUGUCCAGGGGUAGGUUGUCUACCCCUGGUUUAGUCACACAUUGUGAGGAGACCUAUAAUGAAUUGGAAUGCAAACUCCUAUUUAUACUCAUUGACGUUAUACUUGUGAUGAAUUACAGGGUAUUUCUGCCCAUACACAUGCGGGACUCAGCAUAAGGACAGUAUUGAUAAGGAAACCAGCCAGGCAGUCUGUUGUCCUAGUUGCGCGUGUUUUAUGAUGACAUCUAGUGAAAAAAGUUAAUCUGCAUACAACAACAUUUAUAAAUGGUGUAACAUACUUAUACAGUUACUAAUGUACCAUGAACUCUUAGAGAGUAAUUUUCAUCCAUUAUUCCAUUUCAGAUUAAAACUGCAUCACAAGCAUGUCCGUUGCAAGGACGAUCUUCAAGGGCAUUGUAUUACUGGAAGUGGCUGGUGUGGUUGGGGCAUAUGGUGUGUUUCAUAAAAUGAAUUCAAGUCAAGGUAAAAAUUGUUGGAAUGAAAUAGCAACAUCAUUCAACAAAAAUAUAUAUUGUUAUAAAAUGAAUUAUAAUUUGCCUCUGCAAUCUAUGAUUCUCUGAUUUUAACUCUGACAGUUUGUUCUGUUUGAUUUAAUGCUUCUCUUUACAAGGAAUGUUGAAAUCCCUGCAUUUGAGGCCUAAGUAACAAUUUAUGGGCAUAAAACACACUAAAAUACUCAGAUUGCAGGUUAGUUAUUACAUGACGGAAAGUCAUGAAUUUAUUAAAGACACGCAGGCGAAUAUUGCAUAUCCCUUUACUGUCCACCAAUAGCAGCAGAGAUUACAAACCGAAGGGAAAAAAUGGUAUACAUAGUGAUCAGCCACUCCCAUACCAAGUCCCAGUAUAAUAGCCAGCAGAUCCCAUCAUAUUUCCUCUUUCUUUGGAGAUCCGACACACUAACAAAACAUCAAUCAGGAACCGAAGAAUCAGUCCAACCGCAUAAGAAACAACUGUCUUGACAUCCAGUCGAACUCAAACCAGGAACAAAGCAACAAAUUGGGACCAAUCCAUCAUCAUCUUGCAAACGCCAAACGUAGAGGAUCCCAUUAUACAACAAGCCAUCGGCAUUCAGUAAACGAGAUUAAUUUAGGAUGUGAAAACAUAAAUAAACAGGAGCCAUACAGUUAUUUCGGUCCUUGCAACUCAGUGCGCAUGUAAGGAAGAGAACAGACCCUUCUUAACAGACCUUCAUGAACCCAAGAACAGACCUACAUUCCAAAUGUAUAAACCAGAAACCAAAUGCCAUAAUAUUCCCACUUACCGUAAUACCAACCUCAUCCAAUAAAUAUACCAGGGCGGGAAGAUAUACCCCAAUUCAGAAAUGUAUCCAGGGUGGGAAAAUACUUGCCUAUGUGUCUUUAAUAAAAUCAUGACUUUUCAUCAUGUAAUAGCAAAAUCAUGUACUUUUAUAAUAAGACACGGAGGCUCAUAUUGCAAGUUCAAAGCUGACUGACAACUGUAGAAAAAACAUGAGUCACCUGUCAAAAGUAAAAUACACGUAUGGGUAUGGGAGUGGCUUAUCACUAUGUAUACCAUUUUUUCCUUACUAUUUGUAUUCUUUUCUUCAUUCUUGAACUGCAUCACACGGAAUCCCUUAGAAAAGAUGUUUUAAAUGUUUCAUACGGAAAUCUUCUCUCAGUGAAACUUUUUGGAUAAGAAUAGACGCACAGUGCAAUUUGUAAAUAAAUGUGUUAAGAACAAGGUGGGAGCAUUGGGGGGAAAAAACCCUCUAUAUUAGUACUUGGCACAAGUAUAAACUUAUGAGAAAACUGAAACUCACGUGAGUUGCUAUUCACUAUUUAAACAAUCUUGAUAGUUUCAAUGUCGUAGUUAACAUUCUGUCUUCCACUAGAUUUUAGGUAUACCAUGAAUAGAAGAUUUCCCUCUGUCUUAGAAAGUAAGUAUCCUUUUAUAUUUUCCUCCAAUUGUUUCCUUUAUGGCAAUUGUAACGUACUAACUUUGGUUAUCUUUGCAGCAUGGGCAUUUUGGAAAAGCAUAGCUGACUAGAGCUGUUAUAAUCAGCCCUCUUUCAGGCAUUCCUUGGCACGUGUCCACUGUUACGAUGAUCUAUGUGCAAAGAAGCAGUCUGCAUAUAGAGUCAGCAUUAGUAAAGUGGUCCGUGGCGGAACGUACCAUUCCUUUCGACUGUUUUAUCUUUUCAUACGUUUGGGAGUUAUUUUACCUGAAUCCAGUGUAUUCGACUCCCAAACAAGGACCACCCCUGUACCUCAUUAGAACCUUAACACUAGUGAACAUAAGUGCGAAACCGCAAGGGAAAUAAUGAAUACUUCCCUUGUGUGGCCUAGGCAGCGGUUCUUGGUCGUCGCAUGCCUGGAACUCUUUCCGGCGAGGCACUUGCACGAACCCCGGCAAAGAUUGUACUGCUGCUUGCCCCACUUCCCGACCAGCUAUUCGAACGAUGUUCGGUAGAUGUGAGCUACUGGUAGGGGAGAGCAUUUGCUUCCCUGAAACAAAGGGAAUCCCUUGUGCAGUGUUCGCACAGGAACCCCAGAACAGAGACCAGUCGUUGCACCUAUUUGCCUGGAAUUGUUUCGGGCUUUCACCUCGUAGCUGGCCGGUCAGAACCUUACCCUGGUGGGGAUGCCGUUCUACCGAAUGGAUCUGAGCGUUAUUUGGUCAAGUUAGGCGCUCAGACCAGGGCUAUCCAGAGAUAUAACUCUUGUGGGGUUCCUGUUCAUAUUGGAGAUACUUUUGGGGGAUUGUGUAAUAUUGUUUCCCUGUAACUGAGAUAUAAUUGAGUUAUGGUUUUUGGACUCUUAUCUCUUAGACCCAGAGACUCCUGGGGAAAAAACCCUUGUAUUUUUGCUGUGGAGACCCUAAAUGCCAGGGGUUCGUGCAUAAGAGCCAUGUGUGGCCAAAUAAAAAUCAGAUGACUCCCAGAACUAUGUCUUGUCUAGUCAUUCGGGCAAUACAAGCUUAAUCCUACAACGGUUCCAGUCUGACUGAGAGGAGAAAAUAGCUGAAGUAACUAGUCGGGUUACCCGUGGUCCACUACAGGGUCUUAAGGCGUUAGUAGAGAUCAGGGAUAGACAACCUUUGGCACUCCAGAUGUUGUGAACUACGUCUCCCUGUCCAAAAUUAUGAUCAGUGGAAUCCCUAUUUCAUUCUCCCUUUGCCACCACUGGGUUUCCCUGGUUAAGAUAAAGUUGUUUUGGUGCAUAUGUAUCCCUUUAAGCAGCCUACAGUUUCUCCUUUUUUGCCUUUUGUUAGUAUACUUAUUAUCUAAAGCUAUGAAGAAACAUCCUUAUUGUUUAUCAUGUGGUACAUAUUUUUGAUUGUAACUCAUUUGCUACUUUUUAUGCACAGAUUGAUAAUGGCUGAUAGUAACUUUAAACCCUUGAAGUGAACCUGUCAUGCGAUUUUCAAGUUAACAUAAACUGGCCCCAAAUGCAUUGAAUAAGUCACGUAUCACAGCGAUCCUGCAUGAGGUCUUUAAUGUAAAGUUAUAAGAUACACUCUCAUUACCUCCUAUCCAGAUCCACCAUGUCCACAACUUAGUUUGUUACAGAAGAAUAACUGGUCUGCCUUUACUCCUCCUGUAGUGUUCUGUCAUUUGCCUUUCUAGGGGAACAUUUCCAAGCAGAGCAAAGCUCCUGUGUGAUGCCAACAUUCUGGCAUCUGAACGGAGUGAUGUUCCUAUAAUUACUAGCCAUGACUAUCAGAUAGGGAGUUAACAGAGCACCUGUGGGAGGCCUUUUCUUUUCUCCUUUGUCAAUUUUUUUGGCAAAGAAUUUUCUUUCAAUCUAAAUGUUAGCAAAUCUGCAAACACAAUGUAUAGAUAAAAUGUGUAUACUCUCAAUAAAGAACAUAAGUUGUCAGUACUGUAAAUUGGCUGAAGCAUUGCAUUAACUUUGUAUAAAAGAUCUAUAACUAAGACUUAAGUCCAAAUGUUCUCCUUUUGUGCCUGUAUAUUUAUUUGUACAUCAUUCUGACUCCAAUAACACCUUUGAACAAUUCUCAAAAUGUAAAGUGCUCUGGAUUGGAGCGCUCUAUAAGAACUGUUAAAUGUAUUAACACGAUCAUGCCUAAUUUGUCUUUGUACACAGUGUUCUAUAAGUCCAAUGAAUGGGCUGGGAUUUAUGGAAUACGGGAACUUGAUGCAGAAAAAUGGUCUGAGAUAAAAUAGUGAGUUUCUUUGCAUGAUUGUUUUUUUUAAUAGUACUACAAGCCUCUUAUUGAAUGAUGCCCAUAACAACUCCCUAUUUUUAUUUUUCCUACACAGAUUUCACGGUUUUGCUGAAUACAAACUGAACCAAUACGACUUAAUUCCUGUGGUUUGCACACAAGACCAUGCAAUAUUUGUAUACCUGUGGCUAGCAUCUAGCCUUAUUACUUGAUAAUAAAAAUGUGAAGUUUUUCCAACAUAAAUCUAAAUUCUCUUUAUUUUAAAAACUAGUGGCACUGUAACAUUUU